CACUGUGUCGUGGUGCGUCGCGUGGGCUAGCUGUAGCAGCGUUAGCCGUGUAACGGGGAGGUGUAGAGCUGUCGGAGGAUUUCAGAAAUAUCGACGCAGAUCGACAUUCAUGAGAGGAUUUCAUUAAUGCUCUGUGUUAUGUCUGUGAAGAGCCCAUCAGACCUGCUCAAUGAAAACACCUACAUCCCACCUUCACUGACCCUUGACCUCUGCUUAUCACACGAAAGAAAGUUGGGCCUGACAGAUACUCGUGGGUCAAAUCCUUUCUCUCUAAAGAGUCAACUUAAUUACGGCAGCACAACCUCCAUUCAGCCCCUCAAAGGCAUUAUGGGAGGACUAGAUGAUGAUGAUGUAUCCCUCCGGCACCAGGAAGAUGAAUGGAGCAGAAAUCAGGAGAAUGAACACAGUCUUCCAGGCUCCGAGAGCAACGCCAAGUUGAUGAAGGAAGAUCAGAAUCAAAUAUGCAAGUUAGCAGAGCAGCAGCAGCAGCAAGACCAGAAUCUCAACCUGGUUGAAAACAAGAAUGAAACCACUGACAGAAACCCAAAUCAGAACUCACAGCAGCGCCAUGAAGAGAAGAACAAGACCCUGAAAGCUCUCUGCUCUGACCACAGUUGGGCAGCUGAUGAACCUCUUCUGAUUUACACUCUGAUGGAGAAGAAUCAAGAAAACCAAGAGGAGACAAGAGAAGAGGAAGUGGAAAAUUUAAAUCCCACUGGAGGUGAGAAGACCAAUUCAUCUGAGAUUCAGAAUAUAGGAGGUGAAGGUGGCAGCAGAAAUGCUUGUUUGCUGUUCAGUAAGCAAGGCAUUCCCAGUGAUGAGGACUCCAGCUGCAUGUCGCUGUCACAGGGAAGCACUGCAAGCAGCACCCCAGAUGGAGAGCCAGAGUCCUACUGGGAUGGCAGUGCAUUUGAAACAGACACGGACCUGCCCGCUGGUUGGAUGCGAGUGCAGGACACAUCAGGCACCUACUACUGGCACAUUCCCACAGGUACCACACAGUGGGAGCCUCCUGGGCCCCUAGAGGAGAGACCAGCCAGCACAUCGCCUGCGGUCACACCUGCUGACGAGCCACAGAUUACAUGGAGCGGUGUUUCUCAUCCAAACACAUUCAGUGAGGAAGAGCACUGGCAGAAGGAGGAUGUGGCUUCUGAUGAAAGUCUGAAGGAGUUUGAGGGAGCGACUCUACGUUAUGCCUCCAUCAAUCUCAGUUUUUGUCAGUCUGAGGAGGAAGAGGAACAGACUUAUUUCAGCAGCAGUGAGGGGGCAAAGGGGAAGGAAAUGCUUCUGGUGCUGGAGAAUGAGACUCUGAACCUGAUCGAGCCUCACGGUCGAACGCUGCUGCACUCUCAGCCGAUCAUCAGCAUUCGCGUGUGGGGAGUCGGACGUGACGAUGGCAGGGAGAGGGACUUUGCAUAUGUGGCACGAGACAAGUUGACUCACAUGCUCAAGUGUCAUGUAUUUCGGUCUGACACCCCGGCAAAGAACAUCGCCACUAGCCUCCAUGACAUCUGCUCUAAGAUAAUGGCCCAAAGGAAGUCAUCCAGCAGACAGAACACUGACCCCUCAAGACUUGGGGACCUCCCUUUCCAGGAGUUCCCAGCUCCCAAGAACGAGCUGGUCCAGCGCUUCCAGGUGCGGUACUUGGGUCGUGUGCCGGUGACAAAGCCAGCUGGCUUGGAUGUGAUUAAUGUAGCAUUGGAGACUGCUCUUAACAGCAAAGACAAUUGGACACCUGUGACUGUGAACGUGGCGUCCGCUACACUCUCUAUUCUGACUUCUGAGACGGAGGAAGUUCUUUCUGAAUGUCGUGUGCGUUUCCUGUCAUUUAUGGGAGUCGGGAAGGACGUGCACACGUUUGCGUUCAUAAUGGCAGAGCGACCUGGAGACUUCAUCUGUCACAUGUUCUGGUGUGAUCCAAACGCUGCAAGUCUAAGUGAGGCCGUACAGGCCGCGUGUAUGCUGAGGUAUCAGAAGUGCCUGGACGCUCGACCCCCCAGCGGUGGCAGCUCUUGUCUGCCCGGCCCGCCUGCUGACUCUGUCGCCCGCAGGGUCGGAUCCAGUGUGAAGAAGGGUGUUCAGAGUCUGCUGGGUAGCUUCAAGAGGUCUGGAUCCCAGACACCCUAAAAAGGAAAACACUUCCUACGCAGCGCUCACUGCAAAUAUGUGUUUGUCCUGUGUGUGUUUGUGUGUGUGUUUAUGGGCCUAAAAUUAGAGGGUCCUUCACAACACUUCAACUGUCCUCCUGCGGUUAGCGUGCAAUAAGAACCAGAGGACACACAAGUUACAUUGCCAGAUAUUCCAUCGUUACACAUUACAUCUUCAUUUGCUUUUUCUGUGUGUGUUUACAUUCGCAGAUGUACUGUAGAGGUGAUUUAGCACUACUGGGUUUGAAUGUGAUUUACCUAGAUUGGGUUUUCAGUGUAGUCGAUGUUAUGUGGACUACACUCUCUAAUGACACUAAACAUUACGCAUGCGAUCAAAAAACACUAAAAUAGCUUAUAUACUAUGCAGUGUGCUUUUUUAUUUGUUCUUCCUCCUCUGGCUUUGUAUUGUGACACACUGUGCUAGCUUCGACUGCUUUUCUUUUCUUCUGAAGAACUGAUCACUCUUCCCCAAACUCAGCAGAGGCCGAACCGUGACUGAAAUCAGUAGCAAACCCAGAGUUAGUAACAUCUGUGUGCUGUUUAUCCUAAAAACACACGUUCCAAACCUGCUUGCAUUCCAGAAGUCUGUUUUUGGCUCCACUGACUUUGACUUUAUGAAUAAAGGUGCAGUUCCACAUAUAUUCGACUUAAAGCCUUUUAAUUUCUUCCAUUAUAUUUGAUAUUGAUUUUUGUUAAAAAUGAACUGAUAUUACACAUUACUGUAUGUUUACCCACUCUGUCAGUUUGUGAAUUUUAUUUGACUAUUUUAUUCAUUUGUAAAAUAGCAUUAACAUAUCCUAGUCUUCCAAAGCGGAUUUGCUCAUUAAGAAAGCCCGCUUUUUUUUUAAUCUUUAUUUCUUUUACAUUUUUGUGCGUGUGUUUUUAUAUGUUGGAUGUCUUUAUCUGGAUGAAAAAAAAUUAUUUUUGAUCAUGAUCAAACACAAACUUAACAUCAGCAGUGUGUUUAACAAAGCAUGUGGCAUACGCUGGUUCUCUCGGGUGCUCUGCGUUUGUUCCUGUGCAGUUUGUAUACUGGUGUCACUGAAAAGGUUUUUAUUUUUUUUUUGUCCCUCUUUUAAAUUAUAUAUUGAAGUCUACUGAUUAUCUGCAAAUAUUUACACGUUCUGUAUUUGGGGGGAAAAAUUCCUUGGAAAUGUAUCUAAAAUGCUUUGCAACAAUGGAUGUCUUGCUGUAUGUAGAUUUUUUUUUCUUUCAAAUACACAUUGUAACAUAUUACCAUGUCUUUUAGCUUUUAAGAAUGUGUCGAAAUCAUAAAUAUCAUGUUCUUUGAUUAUUCCCGUUAAUUUACAUUGAUGUAAUUUACUGAAUGUAAUACACUAAUAGGGCCAGACAGCUCCAUUUUUCAUUAGUUUUUCUGUCCCAUUUUCAUGUCUAAUUACACCUGUCGUUAAAGGGAAUUUUUUAAUGCACUUGUUUUUUAUUUUAUGAAGCUGUCUCGUGUACCUGAAUGCUUCAUCUUGGCCCUGUUUACUCUAAUACAUUGUGUGUGGGUCUAGAUAAUGUAAUGUGAUGCUUAAAAUGCAGUUGUGUUGGUAACACUCUAGAAAAUCUUUAUAGAAGAAUAAGCAUUCAUGUUCAUGUAAAUAUUCUGCAUUACAUCAAGAAAUGAUAGCAAAGAAAAUGUCGUUUUUUCAAUUAAAUACCAUGAGGGUACUUUAUGUUUGUGUGCCAAAAAGCACAGCUAUAAAAUCACUAGCUUGAAAUGUUACUUCGCUGAUUGGUAAAAUGGUAGAAAUGCUUCAAGUAUAUUUGCUUCUCAAAAUAAGGCAAAAUUUCAGCUUUGAUAUUCUGAAAAUGUAAAGUUAACUCCUAUAAACGUUAUCCCUUAUGUAGGAUGUUUUUGCCAUCACGUUUUAUUAAGGAGAGUUGAGAAGUUAUUAUUAAAAUGUAAAUUGGAUGUUAUAUAGAUGCAUAUAAUGUGACUUGAUGGAAUAAAAUGUUGAAAACGCA